UGAACAGACGCCUCAGUGGGACUGAAAAUCGAGUCGACCUGCAGCUGAAAGAAGCCGAAACGUGAGCAGGAUGGGCUCCAGCAGCUCCAGCACGGAGCGCAUCCCAGACGCCCAGGAGCUCAUGCAGGAAACCGGCUUCUCUGCCGCCCACCUCGUCCGUCUGUACGAGAGGUUUGAGUUUCUGGACAAAGACGACAGAGGAGAGCUCAGGCUGGAUGAUUUCGAAGCGGUUUCAGAGUUAGCCAUGAACCCCAUCGGAGACAGAAUCAUCGGAGCCUUUUUCUCUCCGGGACGAGAAACGGUGGACUUUCCCUCCUUCGUCCGGAUUCUGGCUCAUUUCCGUCCGACCGACACAAACCGAACCAGAAAUGGAAGAAACGGGGCACAGCCAGAACCGGCCAACAGCAGGACCAGUAAACUCAAAUUUGCUUUCCAGCUUUACGACCAGGACAGAGAUGGAAAGGUUUCCAGAGAGGAGCUUCUUCAGGUGCUCAGGAUGAUGCUGGAGAUGCAGGUGACGGAGGAGCAGCUGCAGAGCAUCGCUGAACGGGCCAUUCAGGAGGCCGACCUGGACCGAGACGACGCCAUCUCCUUCGACGAGUUCAAAAAGUCGCUGGAAAAGGUUGACAUAGAGCAUAAGAUGAGUGUUCGCUUCCUGGAAUAAAGACGCAGAGCUGCUGGCGAGAAGAUGAAGUCUGAAAUGUGGAAUGAACCAGGAUUUAAAAAGCGAUGGGAUCCUGGUUUGCAGGACUGGAAGUGAACAUGGACCAAACGAAGAAGAGAUGAGCUGAGCUGCUGACUUUAGCAAUGGAAACGACACGCUGUGUAGAAGAGUGGCUGCCAGAAAAAGCCAGACCAAAGCAUCAGGAUCGCCCCCUGGUGGCCGGAUUCAGUUCUGCCUGCUUCAUUUGAGCAGAGGACAUGGGUCAAACUCCAAACAUAAACCUUCCUGUAUCGUGUCUUCACAGCACUUUAGGAGUCACAUUUCUAUUAGUACAAGGUCUAAUGUUUCUCAUCAGUUUGGUUUUAAUUGGUUUUCAUGCUAGCUUAAGAAUAUGAAGCGUUGUGUAGCUUACUGCUGCUGUAGUUCCUGAAAAUAUUUAAAAAUAUUUACCAGAUUUUUUUAAAAUACAACUUUUCAGGGAAACUUUUAAGGAAUUAUUGUAAUUUUCUUUCUGAAGGUUUUUCAAAUUUUCAGAAAUUUGGGGAUUUUUUUUUUUUUUGCUGAAUUUUUGGAUUUUCUUCAGACAAGGAAGCAAUAUUUGUUGGUGCCCGUAAAUUGAAGUUUGAAGUUUACUAAUGGAACGCCCCUUGAGAUGUAGCAUCUCGUUUUCGAGGGGGUCCAUAAACACACACAUAUAUAAACACAAUUUACAAUGACACACACACACACACACACACACACACACACACACACACACACACACACACACACACACACACACACACACACACACACACAGGACAGACAUGCUCCUUUGUUCCCUCACCCCCCAAUCCUCAAUGAAUUCUAAAACAGGUGCCACCAACUCGGUGCCAAUGAGGCCAGAAAGCCUUUUAGAGAUGUUUGUUUGUUUAUUUGUCUGUCUUACUCCUUUUUUUUCCUUUCCUUCCUUCUUUCUCCUUUUUCUCCUCUUCCCUUCUCUCCUUUCCCCUUUUUCCUUUUUUAUUUCCUUCCUUCUUCCCUUCUUUUCCCCCUCCCUCCCUUUUUUUUCUCUCCUUCCUUCCUCUUCUUCCCCUUCCCUUCCCUUUCCCCUUCUUAAAUGAGGACAGCAGGAGGGUUCAUGCUUUGUGCAUAACGUGCUGCUCAGGUGGACGUUCUCUCUGUUUAAAACACACCUGCCUCAGGAUGAUGUGAUGUAUGUUGUUUUCUAACAGGAUUAAAUAAAACUUGAUGGAAUAGAAGAUAAGGAGUCAGAAUGCUUCGCUGCAGUUCUUUCAGGCAUUGUGUGUUCUGAUGAUAGUUUUUAAUACUGCCGUAAAUGAGAGGGAUGGAUUCCAGUUUAUAGAAAAGAUUCAGAUUUGGCUCAGUGGUUGUUGUUUUAAAGGAGUUGCAUAAACAACAGUGCUUUGAUUUAAUAGAAAUAAGUAAUGUUCCAUCUGCAGCUGCUUUUAUUGCUGCUGAUUCUAUCCUCUUGCUGCUGAUUGGUCGGCUUCCCUCUGGCUGUAAACUGCAGGACUUCCAGCUAAACGGGACGAAUGAAGAAUGUUCAGAAACUGUCUGAUCGACUCAUAAUUUGGUGAGAACAGGUGAGGACAUGCUUUGCUUCCACAGAAGGUCAGCUCAUACAGAACUCAUUUUGGUGUAAUAUCCAGGUUUAAACAGCAGGGGGCAGCAUUCAGUCAGUAGGGUUGAUGAGUGAUUAGCAGAUUUUAGACAUUUUGAUCUCCUCCUUCCUUCCUCAUGAAGCUCAUCCAGAGAAUGCCUUUGGCCAUAUUUGAAGAAUCUAAAAUAUGAAACAUGUUCUGACUUAUUUCACACUUUAAUGUUUAUUACAUAAUUCCAUAUGUGUUCAUUCAUAGUUUUGAGGCCUUCAGUGAAGAUCUACAGUGUAAAUAGUCAUGAAAAUGAAGAAAAAUCACUAAAUGAGAAGGUGUGUCCAAACCAAAGACUGCCAGUGUAGAUUAAUUUCUAUCUGUUGAUCAUUAACCACCACUGAGACAGCAGCAGUUCAGACUGUAAUAAUGUUAUUGAUCCGUUAUGACUGAUCAGCUGGGACCUGCAGUUAACAGUUAACUAAUUGAUGAUGCUGACUAACCUGACUUUUCAUCCAUGUUAGCACUAAGUGAGGAAACGUAGCCUGAGAUUUACAGAACAACUUUCUGUUUCCAUCAGAGGCUCCAGUCUGAUGUUAACUUACAGUAACUUCACUGCUUUAGAUGUGAUACUGUCCAGAUGUCUGCAGUCUGUGGUCACAAUCAGCCUGUAAAAUGUGCUCUUAUUGUGAAAGUCUGCCUGCUGCUUCCUCACAGGUGGAGUCCUGACUGGUUCCAGGAAACAGAUCAACUGUCUGAGUGUCCAGGAGUGGACUGUAAACUUUCUUCUUCUUCAGCGCUUUGAAUAAAGUAAUCAGGCGUAAACUAACCGUGACGUCACCCGUUGGUUUCAACGGCGAGAAAAUGAAGCCCGGAUUUUGCUACUUCCUGGUCGCCAUUUUGGAUUUUUUGGAGCCAGUGACGUAAAAAGCGUCAUCAAACAGACUGGACCGGAGAGCAACUAGGGGCAGGAUUGGCUGAGGACUCUCUUAUCCCGCCCACAUUUUACCGCAGAGGCUUCUGUUGCUGUCUAUCAAGUAUAGCCACGCCCCCUGGCUCCGCCAACUUUAA